AUAUUCUAAAUUCGAUUUUUCAUAUCAAGGGAAAAAGAGAGAGUGAGAGUAUUAGGGACGCUUUGCUGAAAACGUUUAACCGCUUAUUCUUCUUCGAAAGCUUCAAUGUCAGGAGGAGGAUCAUCAUCUCGUUCCACCGGUAAACGCCCCCUUCAAGAAGACGAUGUCAAUUCCACCACAAAUCCACCAGCUAAGAGGGUGAGGUUUCCAAAGGGUAAGAAAGGGAAACCAGUAGAUGUAAUAGUUGAGAAAGUAAUUGUCGAGGAGAAUGUGAAUGACCUGUCGAAUCCGGUUGUUGCUGCGAAAGAACGGAUGAAACGUAGGAAUCACAUUACUGCUGAGCUUUUGAGUGAGGAACAUGGAGUUAUUUCAAAUAAUAUAUCAGCUGCUGAAGUGAAAUAUCAGGCAAAUGAGAAUUUUGUUGAAGACGGGAUUCACAUUGAGCCUUUCAACCUAGAUAAAGAAAGGGAAGAAGGUUAUUUCGAUGCAUCCGGGAAUUUUGUUGAAUAUGUAAGAGACGAUGAGAUUAAGGAUGCAUGGCUUGACAAUGUUGAGAUUGAUCCUAGAUUUGCUGGAUUAAGCACUGCAGCAACAAAAGAUGAAGAGGAGGCCCAAGAACUUUCUUCUAAAGAUGUGGCAAUCAUGAAGAGGCGCAUUGCAAAUGUUCUUGAACCAGAGGAAACAGUCUUGCAAUGUUUGAGAAGGUUAAAAGGGAGUGGUGAUAGAAAGACAAAAAUGUCUGGUGAGACUAAGAUCGUAUUUGACCAACUAACUGAGGAUGCUAUGAAACUUAUGGAGAAUGGUGAAUAUGAUGUUUAUCAUGAAAAGAAAGAUGUUUUCGAGCGAGAAGCGGAAGGAUAUGAGGAAUUAGCCAGGGCAAGAGGAGAAGGAACAUCUUCACCUUUGGCCGGUGCAGAUGAUUUUGAUAUGUUUGCUGAUGAUGAUUCUGCCGCUAAACCAUCUACAAAUGAAAAUAAUGCAGUUAGUGAACCGUCAUCAGAUGCCAUUAAUUCUGGUACAGAAGGUGGAGCUUUGCAAAGUGAUUAUGUGUAUGAUGAAUCUUCUGGGUAUUAUUACAGCAGCAGUCUGGGCUAUUACUAUGAUCCAAAUACAGGGCUUUAUUGCUCUGCGGAAUCAGGGAAAUGGUACUCAUAUAAUGAGGAGGCUGGCACCUACGACGAAGUUCCCGAGGUUUCAACCAAUUUGAGUUGAGGGGCUUGUUUAAGGGGAGGAUAGACAAUUUAUAGCAUAUCCACAAUCAUUGUCUUCCAAUGGCAAUUUACAGAAAGAAACAUCAUUUAUCUUUCUGCACAUAUACUUUGUUGUGGGAAACUUGUUGAUGUGCUAAGCCAACUGUUUUUCUUCUGCCUUUAUCGUUUAAGGUUGCUGAUGUGUAGUAGCUUAAAAAUUCACCAAAGCUGAUCCCAAAAAAGCAUACUCUCUUGACCUGCGAGUCCCAUAGCAUAUUCUUGUGUCUUGUAGUGGAAGCCUCCUUGUGAUGGCGCCGGAUCCGACGUGAAAACCCCAUGAUUUGCGAAAACAAACAUAGAGGUAGUCAGUUUACCCUACAAAGUGCAAAUAUAUUUAUGCUCAUGCAAUUAUUGGAUGGUUGUUUUUUUUUGUUUGUCAAUUUUAGGGCUUUACUAUUGGAUGGCUGUUUUUUGUGUCAAUUUUAGGGCCUUUCCGUAGAUGAAAUGACAAGUGCCAUUGAAACUCUCACGCACAAUUGUGAGGUUUUGAGUUUGAAAUAAUUUUGAAUUUGUUUGA